UUUUUUUUUUUUUUUUUUUUUUUUUUUUUUUUUUGUCUCGGUACAGACUGAAAUCUCUUUAUCUUUGUGCUAUCAAUUUCGGCUUGUGCUUGUUCAUGCUCAUUUUUGAACAAGGAAGAGAUUUGAAAGAUCAAAGGUAGACUGAAGGGGAAGGAGUAGUUUGAAUCUGGUGCAGGGCUUUGCAACUGCAAUAGGGAGCAUUAUUCGUUCUAGUUUCUGUGUUUUGUUUCUUUGAACAUUGCUUUUUGUUGCUGUUGUUUUCGUUUUGAUCUCCAAGAAUACGCGGUGGGAGUGUUGUUGUUGUAUUGAUCCGUUGUUGUUGGUUUUUAUGGGAACUCCACCAGCAGAGGAGCUUCUGAGGAAGAUCCAAGAGCUGGAGGAGGGUCAAGCCCAUCUCAAGAAGGAAAUGUCCAAAUUUCUUCUCUCUGGAACUUCCGCUGACUCGAACUCUGACCACCAAAUCCAGUAUCAUCAUCAUCACCAUCAGCGUUCUCAAUCGAUAUCGCCUCAGCGCUCUAGAUUUGCUGCGGCUCAGAGGAGAGGUGGCGCUGCUGGAGGUUCAGACAGCGCCGCGGCGGCGUGGAAGAAAGGCUCUUCCUCGUUUCGGCAUUCUUCUCCACUUCAGAGGGAGAGUAGGACUUGUGAACCCUCGAAUGCCGCCGCCGGAGUCGGAACCAGCGGCGGCUCUGGCCCCGCCGCCGUUAAAUUCACCAACAAACAGUAUCUCAAUAUCUUGCAGUCAAUGGGACAGUCUGUUCAUAUUUUAGACCUAAACUAUCGCAUAAUUUACUGGAACCGAGCUGCUGAAAUCGUGUAUGGAUAUUCUGCGGCGGAGGCUCUCGGCCAGGAUGGCAUUGCGCUUCUAGUAGACUCUGAGGACUUUGCCUUUGCAAAUGAUGUAAUUCAUCGUGUUAUAGCGGGCAAGCAUUGGACUGGUCACUUCCCUGUGAAGAACAAGAUGGGGCAGAAGUUUAUAGUUGUUGCCUCCGACACUCCCUUCUACGAUGAUGGUGUCUUGGUCGGGAUCAUCUGUAUUUCGAGCGACUCACGGCCAUUUCAAGAGUUGAAGAUUCCUUUAGCAGCAGGUUCUAAACAGCAGGAUGCAGAUUCAAGUAUUGUCCGAUCAAGAAGCACGGUUUCAACUAAACUUGGUCUUGAUCCUCAACAGCCUCUGCAAGUAGCAAUUGCUUCAAAGUUAUCAAACUUGGCAUCAAAGGUAAGCAACAAAGUCAAGUCCAAAAUUCGAACCAGAGAAAACAGCUUGGAUCGUGAAGGUGGAAGCGGAGAUGGUUAUCACUCUGAUCAUGGCUUUCCAGAUGCAACUCUUCGUGACCGUCGGGACGACGCAAAUUCAAGUGGAGCUAGCACACCUCGUGGAGAUUCCACGACGCAUGGUGAGUUUUCCCAGGUUGAAGAGAAAUUAUCUGGCAAACAGGUCAGGAAUCAUGACGAUGAGGUUAAAGGAAAGCCUACCAUUCAGAAGAUGCUAUCCUCAAAAGCAGAAGAGUGGAUUGCUAAGAAGGGCUUAUCGUGGCCGUGGAAAGGGACCGAGCAGGAAGGAGAAUCUGAAGCAAGGGCAGCCCGUUUUGUCUGGCCUUGGUUACAAAAUGAUCAAGAAGCUGAACCAGCAAAUCAUAAGAGUUGCUCCUCAUCUGGGAGACCAGAAAUGCAGCAAAACGACGGUCAUCGAGCAGCCAAUAACGAGGCCUCGGGAUCCUGGUCAUCGUUCAAUGUUAACAGCACAAGCAGUGCGAGUAGCUGUGGAAGUACCAGUAGUAGUGCCGUCAACAAGGUCGACUCGGAAACAGACUGCUUGGAUUUUGAAAUCUUGUGGGAAGACCUUACUAUUGGGGAGCAAAUAGGGCAAGGUUCUUGUGGAACUGUCUAUCAUGCGCUGUGGUAUGGAUCAGACGUUGCCGUUAAAGUGUUCUCCAAACAAGAGUAUUCAGAUGAUGUGAUUCUCUCCUUCAGACAGGAGGUAUCCCUGAUGAAAAAACUCCGACACCCGAAUAUUCUUCUCUUUAUGGGAGUUGUGACUUCACCUCAGCGUCUUUGCAUAGUCACGGAAUUCCUUCCACGUGGAAGUUUGUUUCGUUUACUACAGAGGAACGCAGGCAAAUUAGAUUGGAGACGCCGUGUUCAUAUGGCUUUGGACAUUGCACGUGGCAUGAACUAUCUUCAUCAUUGCAAUCCGCCUAUUAUUCACCGAGAUUUGAAAUCGUCGAACCUGUUAAUUGAUAGAAAUUGGACUGUAAAGGUUGGAGAUUUUGGUUUAUCUCGACUUAAGCACGAGACUUAUCUAACUACGAAGACGGGAAAGGGCACGCCUCAAUGGAUGGCACCUGAAGUUCUUCGCAAUGAGCCCUCAGAUGAGAAGUCGGACAUAUAUAGUUUUGGAGUGAUAUUAUGGGAGCUUGCAACCGAGAAGAUCCCUUGGGAAAAUCUCAAUUCAAUGCAGGUAAUUGGUGCUGUUGGAUUCAUGAACCAACGACUUGAAAUCCCCAAAGACGUGGAUCCUCUAUGGGCUUCUAUAAUUGAAAGCUGCUGGCACAGCGAACCUGCAAACAGGCCAUCAUUCCAGGGUCUGAUAGAAAGGUUGAGAGAGGUGCAGAGGAAGUUUGCAAGUCAAUUACAGGCAGCUCGUUUUGGUGGAGAUAAUAACCCUCAAAAGGAAACAUAAAACCCCAAAAGAGCCUUAAAAAAGUUCUAUGUGGUUGAUAGUUUAAAGGACUUCCCCUCCCAUUAUGGUAAUGUAUGGUUUGCCAUUGGAGAAACCAAAAAGACUUCUCAGAGUGCAGUGUCUCUUUUUCUUCCCCUUCUUUUAUAAAGUAAAGUAUCAUAAUAAUAAUUUUAUAUAUAAAAGAAAAAAAACAUUUUUUUUUUUUUUUUUUUUUUGGGAGGAAGAGAGUUUUUGUUGUCGGGUAGGUAGUGUUGUUUUGAUUGGGAAUAUGUUAAAAUGUCACCCACUUGGUGUAAAUGAGUUCCAGACCACUAAACAAAAAGUUGUACAAAGAUUGAAAACACAAACUGCCACAAUUCUUUUCUUUUC